CCUCUCGCCCGCCGGGCGGCGGUCUGAGGCCCUCGAGACUCCGUUUCCCGGCAGGCCGCGCGUCAAGACGGCCGGCGGGACGGGAGCUGCCGCGCUGGCUACGAGAGUGACCCAGUCAGCAUUGAUUCCCGUCUUGGCCAUGGCCUCGUUCGUGACAGAAGUUUUGGCACACUCCGGGAGGCUGGAAAAGGAGGAUCUGGGGACCCGGAUCAGCCGCCUGACCCGGCGGGUGGAGGAGAUUAAGGGUGAGGUGUGCAAUAUGAUUAGCAAGAAGUACAGUGAAUUCCUGCCUAGCAUGCAGAGUGCGCAGGGCCUGAUUACCCAGGUGGAUAAGCUAUCUGAAGACAUUGACCUGCUGAAAUCCAGGAUAGAGAGUGAGGUCUGCCGGGAUCUUCAUGUAUCAACUGGUGAAUUUACAGACUUAAAGCAGCAGUUGGAAAGAGACUCAGUUGUCCUAAGUUUGCUUAAACAGUUGCAGGAGUUUUCCACUGCUAUUGAAGAAUAUAAUUGUGCAUUAACAGAGAAGAAAUAUGUCACUGGUGCUCAGCAUCUGGAAGAGGCACAGAAAUGCUUGAAGUUAUUAAAAUCCAGAAAAUGCUUUGAUUUAAAAAUAUUGAAAUCUCUCAGCAUGGAGCUCACAAUACAGAAACAGAACAUACUUUAUCACCUUGGAGAAGAGUGGCAGAAGCUGAUUGUAUGGAAGUUCCCACCAUCAAAAGAUACCAGCAGUUUGGAAUCUUACCUACAAACUGAACUUCAUUUAUACACUGAACAAUCACACAAAGAGGAGAAGACCCCUAUGCCACCCAUCAGUUCUGUCCUCUUGGCAUUUUCUGUUCUUGGAGAACUACACAGCAAGCUUAAAUCAUUUGGUCAGAUGCUGCUGAAGUAUAUCCUUAGGCCUCUGGCAUCUUGUCCAUCCCUUCACGCUGUGAUAGAAAGCCAGCCUAACAUAGUUAUUCGUUUUGAAUCUAUAAUGACUAACUUGGAAUAUCCAUCACCAUCUGAAGUUUUUACAAAGAUCAGACUGGUACUAGAAGUGCUCCAGAAACAGCUUCUAGAUCUGUCACUUGACUCUGACCUAGAAAAUGAAAAAACGUCUACUGUCCCGUUGGCUGAGAUGCUUGGAGACAUGAUCUGGGAGGACUUGUCUGAGUGCCUCAUCAAAAACUGUUUGGUUUAUUCUAUUCCAACAAAUAGCAGCAAAUUACAGCAAUAUGAAGAGAUCAUACAAUCCACUGAAGAAUUUGAAAAUGCCCUAAAGGAAAUGAGAUUUUUAAAAGGAGAUACUACAGAUUUGCUGAAAUAUGCUCGUAACAUCAAUUCUCAUUUUGCCAACAAGAAGUGCCAGGAUGUGAUUGUGGCAGCCAGAAAUCUAAUGACCUCUGAAAUUCAUAACACUGUGAAGAUUAUUCCUGAUUCUAAGAUAAAUGUGCCGGAGUUACCCACUCCUGAUGAGGAUAACAAACUGGAAGUACAGAAAGUGUCCAAUACUCAGUACAACGAAGUGGUGAAUUUAGAGCCUGAAAAUACGUUGGACCAACAUUCCUUUUCCUUGCCCACAUGCCGGAUCAGUGAAUCAGUGAAGAAAUUAAUGGAACUUGCCUAUCAGACUUUACUAGAGGCAACAUCCAGUAGUGAUCAAUGUGCUGUUCAACUUUUCUACUCAGUGAGGAAUAUCUUCCAUUUGUUCCAUGAUGUUGUACCAACAUAUCACAAGGAGAACCUUCAAAAACUUCCCCAGUUGGCCGCUAUUCAUCACAACAACUGUAUGUACAUUGCUCACCACUUGUUGACCCUCGGGCAUCAGUUCAGAUUGCGUCUGGCCCCCAUUCUUUGUGAUGGCGCUGCUACUUUUGUGGAUCUUGUACCUGGCUUCAGGAGACUUGGGACAGAAUGCUUUUUGGCCCAAAUGCGGGCACAGAAAGGUGAACUUCUGGAAAGAUUAUCAAGUGCUAGGAACUUUUCAAAUAUGGACGAUGAAGAAAAUUAUUCUGUAGCAAGUAAAGCAGUCCGGCAGGUACUGCACCAACUAAAGAGACUUGGAAUUGUGUGGCAGGAUGUCCUGCCAGUGAAUAUAUAUUGUAAGGCUAUGGGGACUUUACUCAAUACAGCAAUUUCUGAGAUCAUUGGCAAAAUUACUGCCCUAGAGGACAUAUCUACUGAAGAUGGUGAUAGAUUAUAUUCCUUAUGCAAAACAGUGAUGGAUGAAGGACCCCAAGUAUUUGCACCUUUAUCUGAAGAAAGCAAGAACAAGAAAUAUCAAGAAGAGGUUCCAGUCUAUGUGCCAAAAUGGAUGCCAUUCAAGGAAUUGAUGAUGAUGCUACAAGCCAGCUUGCAAGAAAUUGGGGAUCGGUGGGCAGAUGGAAAAGGACCCUUGGCAGCUGCUUUCUCUUCCAGUGAAGUAAAAGCUUUAAUUCGUGCCUUGUUUCAGAACACAGAAAGAAGAGCAGCUGCCCUUGCUAAAAUUAAAUAGCUCCAUCUUCUUAAGAAAGCUAUGUCUUGAAUAUGUGGAUUCUUCCCUUGGCAUAAUUACUCCCUUAAAGACUUCUUUGAAUUGCCCAUUGGUUUUGGUGAACCAGUACAUCAUGGAAGUUUGACUUUACAGAAGAACAUCUUACCUUCUGGCCUGUAUGAGGCUUUGUUUAAGAACUGUUUAUUAAGAUAAAUUGUCAAGUAAAGCACCUCAAUUCAUUGACUUUCUAGCCAUCUUCCUUUGAUUAGCUAACAAACUGUCAGGCAGCAUUAUUUCAUGCUGCUUCCAGAGCCCUCUGGGAACAUACACAUUGUAAAUGCAGGCCUUGGCUUUGGAGUGAGGAAUCAGGAGAUUCCAAGAGUCGGGGUAGAGAAUUUCUGAGCAAAUGGGUGAUAUUUUAGGGGUGUAGGGGGAGGGAAGGGAAGAAUUGGCACCAUAUUUGGCCUUGCAGGAAUUAAGGACACUUCCUGUAAUAUUUCUUUCCAAUAAAUAAUGCUUUUUACAA